AUAGAAAAGAAUUCAAAGGCUCGAGUUGAUUCAUAUCCUUGACCACAUGUAGAGGAUUGUCAACUCUCUAUAAGGCCCGGAGUCAAGAAUUCAAAGGCCUUUUGGUUACUUUGAACCCCCACUCACCUCAAGCGCUCAAACAAUGAUUCCAAAAGAUGAAAAAGUUUAUAAAAGAGCGAAUCUUUCUUUCAUUCUAACUCCCAUGCACAAAGUAUUCAUGAAGAACAUUUGAUACACUUUAAUAAACUUUAACGUCUAAUGAUGAAAAUAUUUUGAAGGUAUCACAUCACUUGUAAUUUGAGGAAGCGUUAUCCAAAGAUGUGCAAAAAGGGGUUGGAUACACUUUUUGAGAAACCUGCAAAUGCAUACACCAAACGGUCAUUCAAGAGGUUGUAUGGCGACUUGAAAGCAAGGUAUCCAGCUGCUGGCAAUUACAUUGACAAUAUCCCAAAGAAAAGAUGGGCCAGGGCGUAUUUUGAAAUAAACCUGUACCAAAUAAUGACGACAAAUGGCGCCGAAUCAAUCAAUAGCGUAUUGAGGGAGGACAGGGAACUUCCUAUUGUUGCACUUUUAAAAGCAGUCCAGAACAUGACAUCAAGAUGGCGUGGAAAAAGGCAACAAGAGUUAAGGUCUCUCGAUGCGUCAAAUCCCCCUGUUACCCCGGCUGCUGAAGCUGAAAUGCGCAAGAGAUUCAACACUGCCUUGCGCUGGGAAUGUCAUCAGUUGAAUCAAUACGAGUUUGAAGUCAAGGGAGUGCACUCUGACCAUGUUGUUAACCUUUCAAAUAAAACUUGCACCUGCCAAGUGUUUGACAAGGAUAAGAUACCUUGCGUGCAUGCACUCGCUUGUUCAGAACGCACAGGCAUAGAUUGUUAUAGCUUGUGUAGUAAAUUAUACACAAAGGAAUACAUGUAUAUCGCAUACGCGGAAACAAUCUACCCCGUGCCACAUGAAGAUGACUGGGAUGCCGAUGGAAUGGAGCUCUUAGAAGUCAAACCCCCUAUAUUGAACAAGCAAAGAGGAAGGCCAACAACGAAGAGAUUUCCAUCGGACGGCGAGGCACGAAAAAAAUAUAAAUUGACAUGUUCUAGUUGCCAAGGAAAAGGGCAUACAGUACGGAAAUGCGCAAAGAGACCUCGUAAAGACACAUCUACGACAAAUGACUUGAAUAAUACUGAUUGCAUGUAAUUAACACUCUAAUUAACAAUUAUUACAUGAAUGAAGAUAUGUGUGAACG